AUGGAUGAGGCAAUUUUCUUUAGGAUUCUCAACUUGAAGAAUGGUUUGGGCCCUCUGCCGGCGUUUUCUCGGCAAAUUCAACCUGAUUCGGGUCGGUGGUGGAGGACUGGCGUCCCGACGGGCCCUCUUCGGUUGUGGCGCCUCUCCGUGUUCGCGGUGGCCAUGGCUGGGGGAGGGGAUUUUUCGGCUAGUCGCGGGUUCUCCUACGCCGUCGGUUCCGAGCUCUGUCUUGGCAGCGGUUUGGGGCCGGCCGGAGUCUCACUGCAAGCGCACGCUUGGGUCCAGCCGAUUUCUAGUGUUGGGAUCGGUGGGCUCCAUCGAUUGGGGCUGCCCUGGUCUCGGAUGGGGAGAGGCGGCGGUCAUCGGUGUGUGUGUGGGGUGCCUUGUGGCGAGCAGCCCGAGUUUUUCCAACGACAAUUGUUGUUGGAAGGGUCUGUGGUAUUCGAGCGGCUACUGGUUAGCCGACUUAGGUCUGGAAUUUCUUGUUAUGUGUUCGGUGCUGCUGCCUUAGGACCUGGGGUUGCUGGUUUGCUGGCGGCGAGGGGUUUAUUCUAG